AUGAAAGCCAUUCAGUUAGCUUGUAUUAUUCGUUAUUCUUUACAUUUGUACAUACACAAUAUCGAUUGUAUGCUCUUCUGUUUGUGUUUGUAUUUUUUCAUUUCGAUUUUCAAUCAUAUCAAUGCUGCUGAUAUACAAUAUCCAGCUAUAUUUAUUCCUGGUGAUGGUGGUUCGCAAAUUUGGGCACGAUUAAAUCGUACGUUACCUCCACCACAUUUCUUCUGUUAUCGUCAUUCAGAUUGGUUUGAACUAUGGCUCAAUCUUGAGUUGAUCGCUCCUGAAGUCAUCGAUUGUUUUGUGGACAACAUGCGUUUGUUGUAUAAUGAAACAACAAAAAAAACAUCGAAUUUAGAAGGCGUAGAAACGCAAAUACCAGGCUUUGGGCAAACAUCUACUGUCGAAUAUUUCGAUUCAUCAGGUUUUUACUAUUCAUCAUACUUUGCACAAAUUAUACAAAAUCUGGUAAAACUUAAUUUCACGCGAGGUGUCAAUCUACGUGGAGCUCCAUAUGAUUUUCGACGGGGUCUGGACGAGCAAGAUGAAUGGUUUAAAAAUUUCACACAAUUAGUCAUUGAAACAUAUGAAUUAAACAAUCAAACACCAGUCGUACUUGUGACACAUAGUAUGGGAGGUCCAUUUUCUCUCUAUUGGCUUCAUCAACAAACACCUGCAUUCAGAGCAAAAUAUAUCAAAUCCAUGAUCAACAUCGCUUCACCGUGGGGCGGCGCAAUAAAAGCACUUCGAUUGAUGAUCAGCGGGGACAACAUUGAUGUCUAUGUUGUGUCUCCUAUCCGUGUUCGACCUUAUCAACGUUCCGCCCCAUCAACUGCAUUCGUCAUGCCCAGUGUCAACUUUUGGGGUAAAGAUGAAGUGCUUGUUGUUACACCGCAGCGUAAUUAUACUGUCAAUGAUUAUGAAGCUCUCUUUAAUGAUAUACAAUUUCCAACUGGCUAUCAAUAUUGGCUCAAUAAUAAAGAUUUACUUGAUGAAUUAAAACCACCGGAAGUUGAAAUACAUCAGUUAUAUGGUAGUGGUAUGUCAACUCCUGGCGCAUUUCUAUACGAUAAUCGUACAUUUCCCGAUCUACAACCUACUUGUCUACCUGAUGAUGGCGAUGGGACAGUGAAUAUUCGAAGUUUACUAGGGUUCAAGAACUGGGAAGCUAUUCUGAGACAUCCAACAACAAUCAAUUAUGUUGCUCAAGUACUUACCGGUCAAUUCGAUGAGAAGAAAUAA